AGCCUAAGGGGGAUGGUAUGAAUUUUGUGGAAAGAGAGAGGCUGUGUUUGGGGGGAGAUUAAAAAAGAAUAAAAGAUAGGGAAGACUUUUAAAGGAGAGAUACAUGUGGAAGAAGAAAAAAAAAAGUAAAAGAACCAGAAGAAACCGAACUCCCGGGUUCAGCCUUAUUAUGUCUCUUUAAUAGUCUAGUGUUUGCGCAAAGUCAUGCCCCUAUUUUUGCGAUGGGGACACCAAAUUCUGGGGUAUGUUUGGUUCAUUUGUGCUUUCAAUCUAAAGCUCAGACUACCGAGGGAGAUGGUAUGAUGUGACUCCAUGUGGCCUCAUUUUUGAGGGGAAAUUGUGUUGGUACAUCAAAUGGGGAUGCUGCUCCACAAUAAGGAGAUUCCCAGGCAUGCGAUUCAUACAGAUUUUUCUCCGCAAUAUCCCAUCUUCUCCAUCAGAAUCACCACAUCUGUCCCACUUGCACUCAUGGGAGCUUUUGAGCUUUUUACUUGGGAGAUGGUAUAAAUAGAAAAGGAUAUCAAUAGAUUUUGGGGCGCUGUACAACUUUUUGUGGUCCAUGAUAGAUUUUUACCCCUAAACCAUCUCAGUAGAGUGCUGAAGUCACACUACGAGUGAUUCAGAUAGAAAAUUCUCUGCUCCGUUGGAUGGUGAAUUGUUAUAGGGCUUUCAAUUUGGGGUUGAAAGCAACAUAGAGAAGAAAAGGGAAGAAAAUUUGCAAAAUUCUCCUAGUCUGAGGAUAUGCAUUUUCCGAGUCGCUUUAUGUGAUAACCAACAAAUGAAAAAAGAUAUGAAAUAGGAAAUUGAUGAAAUAAUUCAACGUAUGCUGGGGCAUUAAAGUUUUGCCUUUUUGAUUUGAAAAAAUCAUCAGACUGUGUCUAACACACGUCUCUAUUGAUUCUGUGAAUAGAAAUAGCUCAAAGUGAAAUAUAAUAGUCAAAAAACAAAAAAUUAAAUAAAAAAUAUAUUAAAUAGCAAAUAAUUAACAUUCAUCUUCUAAAAAAAAGUGUUAGUUAAAAUAUAGUGUUAGAGCUCUAUAUUAAAAGAAAAAUAGUAAAGUUUUAUUUAUUUUGAAAAUCUAAAAUAGAUAAAGUAAGAAAAUUUACGUGUGUUAACUGUUGAGUGAGCUUAAGCUUAAAAAUCAAAGACUACGGGAGUUUUACUGUUAAAUUUGCAAGGCUUUUAACUUAAAAAAGCCAAAAAAAAAGAAAAUAUAAUUAGCAGUGAGACUUAGCAAGGCAAAGAAUUGUGACAAUUAAAUCUAAAUAUCCUGUAAAGCGGUAGAUUUUAAAAUUGGCGCAGGAGGUACAUCAAAGGCGGUGGGAAAAUGUCGGGAAAUUGUGAAAAGAGUGUUACGGUGGAUGUGGAGAAGGUGGAGGGUGGAGAAAGUAGUACGGGAAACUCUGUGCAGCAGCCAACGGAAUCAUCACCAGCGAAAUCUGCCGAAGCUGGAGAUGCCACGGAUGAACAACCCUUUGUUGCCAACAACGAAAAAUCAACACACUAUGACACGAAUCUUUAUUUAUAUUCAGAAGAAAUUGAUACAAGGCCACGAAUAUCAACACUUAUAUCUUCCCUGGCAAAUUAUUCCAACACAAUUCCAGCUGCCUCGGAAGCGGAUUCGAAGCCACCACCCCCUUCAGCCCGAAUGGGCACAUUGAUUGGCGUAUAUCUCCCUUGUAUCCAGAAUAUUUUUGGUGUUAUUCUUUUUAUUCGUCUAACAUGGGUUGUGGGGACGGCAGGUGCUAUUUUUGGAUUUCUCAUCGUUUUGACAUGCUGCUGCGUGACAAUGUUGACAGCCAUUUCAAUGUCGGCAAUCGCAACAAAUGGCGUUGUACCGGCUGGUGGAAGUUACUUCAUGAUCUCACGGUCACUCGGUCCGGAAUUUGGUGGGGCUGUUGGGAUGCUCUUCUAUACGGGAACUACACUAGCAGCUGCCAUGUACAUUGUGGGAGCUGUUGAAAUUGUUCUGACUUACAUGGCUCCGUGGCUAUCAAUCUUUGGUGAUUUUACAAAGGAUGCCUCAGCAAUGUAUAAUAACUUCCGGGUGUACGGUACAUUCCUGCUUCUUAUCAUGGGUACAAUUGUGUUCAUUGGAGUGAAAUUUGUAAAUAAAUUCGCAUCAGUGGCUCUGGCUUGUGUCAUCUUCUCGAUAAUUGCCGUCUACGCUGGAAUCUUCGAUAACAUCCAUGGCAACGACAAGCUACACAUGUGUGUCCUGGGCAAUCGUCUGCUGAAGGAUAUAGCCAUUGAGAACUGUACCCAGGAGGAAGGUGGACAACUGUGGAAUAUAUUUUGUUCUGAACAACCAUGUGAUCCAUAUUUCUUGAGUCACAAUUUAAGCAUUGUGCGUGGUAUUCGUGGGCUAUCCAGUGGAGUUUUCUUCGAGAAUAUAUUCCCGUCAUUCCUCGAGGACGGACAAUAUAUUACCUACGGGCACAGUCCAGGUGACAUUGAGCAACUUGGGAGACCAACUUUCAAUCAAGUUUAUGCAGACAUCACAACAUCAUUCACAAUUCUCAUCGGUAUCUUCUUUCCGUCCGUCACAGGUAUAAUGGCUGGAUCCAAUCGAUCUGGUGAUUUGGCUGAUGCCCAAAAGAGUAUUCCCAUUGGGACAAUUUGCGCCAUCCUGACGACUAGUAUAGUUUAUCUGUCGUGUGUUCUUUUGUUUGCCGGAACUGUGGAUAAUCUCCUGCUGCGCGACAAAUUUGGUCAGUCGAUUGGAGGGAAACUGGUGGUGGCCAAUAUGGCUUGGCCCAAUCAAUGGGUGAUUCUCAUCGGAUCCUUCCUGUCCACCCUCGGGGCCGGACUGCAGAGUCUCACGGGAGCACCGAGACUGCUGCAGGCCAUUGCUAGAGACAGCAUUAUUCCCUUCCUCUCCCCAUUUUCUGUGUCCUCGAGUCGCGGUGAACCAACUCGUGCGCUCAUUCUCACCGUCUGCAUCUGCCAGUGUGGUAUUCUAUUGGGGAAUGUAGACCACUUGGCACCGCUCCUCUCCAUGUUCUUCCUCAUGUGCUACGGAUUUGUCAAUUUGGCCUGUUUCCUGCAGACAAUUCUGCGUACACCAAAUUGGCGACCACGCUUCAAGUACUACCACUGGUCCCUGUCUCUCAUCGGACUCGCUCUCUGUAUCUCAGUCAUGUUUAUGACUUCAUGGUACUUUGCACUCAUCGCCAUGGGCAUGGCUGUUCUCAUCUACAAGUACAUCGAAUACAGAGGAGCUGAGAAAGAAUGGGGCGAUGGAAUUCGCGGAAUGUCUCUCACAAAUGCUCGCUAUGCAAUGCUUCGGCUGGAAGAUGGUGAGCCACAUACAAAGAAUUGGCGUCCACAGAUUCUCAUCCUGGCCAAAUUGACGAAUGACCUCACACCGAAAUACCGCAAAUUGUUGUCAUUUGCCUCCCAACUGAAGGCUGGAAAGGGUCUGGCCAUCUGCGUCUCAGUUAUGCAUGGGGAUUUCACCAAGAACAGUGGCGAGGCAACGGCAGCCAAGCAGAGUCUCAAGAAAAUCAUGGAGGAGGAGAAGGUCAAGGGAUUCUGUGAUGUCUUAAUAGCAAGAGACAUAACCGAUGGACUAUGCCACAUUGUUCAAACAAUCGGCCUUGGAGGCAUGAAGCCCAACACUGUCAUACUGGGAUGGCCCUACAGUUGGCGCCAGUGUGAAGAUGCCCGAACGUGGCAGGCGUUCUUACAGACUGUGCGAGUGGCAUCUAAUGCCAAGAUGGCCCUUCUCGUGCCGAAGGGCAUAAACUUCUUCCCAGAAUCGACGGAAAAAAUCUACGGCAACAUUGACAUUUGGUGGAUUGUCCAUGAUGGCGGUCUGCUAAUGUUGCUGCCUUUCUUGCUCAAACAGCAUCGCACGUGGAGGAAUUGCAAACUGAGAAUCUUCACAGUGGCUCAAAUGGAGGACAACUCAAUUCAGCUCAAGAAGGACCUUAAAAUGUUCCUCUACCACUUACGAAUUGAAGCUGAGGUUGAAGUUGUUGAGAUGAUGGAUAGCGAUAUUUCAGCCUAUACUUACGAGAGAACUCUCAUGAUGGAACAACGCAAUCAAAUGCUGAGAGAAUUGCGGCUGAACAAAAAAGAAUCCCUCGGUGUGGUACAAUCUUUGGUGGAUUUCAGCGAAAGCACCGGCGAGGAUAAAUUGCCUCUGGUACAAGCAAUUGUUGAUCAUCAUCAUCCGCAUGAUCAGGUGAAGUCAGCCACUAAAGUAAGAUUUGCAGAUUCAGCAGAACACAAGAGCGAUGACAUCUUCAAUGACAGUGACCAAAAUGAAGAUCAUCCCGAUGAUGAUUCGGAAAAGGAAAAAGACACGAAGGAAGCUACGGAGGAGAAUGAGAAGAGUGGCGGUGAUAGUGAGAAGAAUAAAUCAAGCGGUACGUCCGCUGCAAAAUCGGUCACAUCUCCAGCAAAUAGCAUAAAGAAAGAUGAUGACGAUGACGCUUCAGGGGCAGAUGAGAAAGCUUCACAUGAUCAAAAGUCACCUGAAAAAUCAAAGCCCAGUAUUAAACCAGACGAAGGGAAUGUGCGAAGGAUGCACACGGCUGUGAAAUUGAACGAAGUCAUCGUCAAUAAGUCGCAUGAUGCUCAAUUGGUUAUUUUGAAUUUACCUGGUCCUCCAAAGGUUACUCGCCUAGAACGAGAGAGCAAUUAUAUGGAGUUCUUGGAAGUGCUAACAGAAGGCCUCGAGAGAGUUCUAAUGGUUCGUGGUGGUGGCCGAGAAGUCAUCACAAUUUACUCUUAAGCUUAAUUAGUGAAGAUUACAAAGAAGAAAAAAAAUGAACAGUAUAAUUAGAAAGUGAAAAAGGUAACUUUGAAUGUCGUGUUAUCAUUAAGGAAUUAAAUUCAAUUCUAGACUCUAAAUUAAAUUUAGUGAAAGAAAAAAUUCACAUUCACGUGGAAAAGUGAUUAGCUACACAAGUUCGUAUAAUCUUUACCAAAGACAGAAAAAAGAAGUAUAAGAGAAAAAGAUGAUAACAAUUUAUAGUGAAGUAUUUUUAGUAACAAAGAUAUAAAAAAAAACAAAUGGAAUCGAGUGAGGAAACAACUUUAAUCAAAAUGUUUUUUGUAUUUGAGUUGAAAAAAAAAAGAUUUUCUAAAACUGUUUUGUUGGAAAGACAACAAAAAAAAAGAGAUUUUAUCGAUUAGUUAUGGAUAAAUAAGAGAAUUUUUAGAAAUUACUAGGCUAUGUACUAAAAGUGUUAUAUUUUUUCAAUCUGUUAUACAAUUUGUUUCAUCAAGUAAAAAGUCAUUAGAGCACGUUAGCAUAUUCCUGUUGCAGACAAGAAAGGGUAAGUAAAUUGAAAAAACAAAGUUAUUUUAAAAUUUAAAUAUAUAUUUUCGAUGAGAUCUACUAGAAGAAAAAAAACUAAUAAAAGAAAUAGACAAAGAAUUAUGCUGAAAAGAGAUGAAAGAUAUUUUUGUGAAGUGCGAGAAUUCCAAGAAAAAAAUCGCUUAUUUGAAAUGAAAAACAGGAAAAGAUGGUAAAACCAUUAAAAAAAAGAUAGCAUAUAUUCAUUAAAAAAUAACAACACCAACUUUAAUUUAUUGAGAGACAAAGUGAAAAGCAAAAAAAAAGAGAAACAUUUUUCUUAACGACUUAAUUUCUAUAUUUGUAUGUUUGCUCUCGUUAGAACAACUAAACUGCCAUUAAAUUUGUACAUAAAAAAAAACAAUAUAUAGAUUUUAUGAGGUAUAUAACAUGAAAAAAAAUUAUGAGCGACUUAUAAAAUAAAUUAGGCAUUUUUUGAAAGGAAGAAAAAAACAAAAAAAAGUAUAACAAAAAGUGGAAAACAAUUAUAUAACUCUUAAGAAUUUUUGGCCUAGAAAUUGAAGUUAAAAAAACAAUUAUUGAGAACUUUUCGUCUCGUUGGAAGAUAAAAAACUCCAGAGAGAACAUAAUGUUUUCACAAGACUGUCUUUUCCGGAAAUUUCAACAUUAGAAUUUUAUCACUGGACGAUUUUUUUUAAAUCAGUUGCAAGAGUUAUUUUGCUAAAGUAUCUUGCGGCUAAGUGAAACAGUACUCAUUCGGCAAUACACAAACUUUUAUGUGCCUUAAUGCGAUAUUUUUCAAUUUUAGAUAGUUUCGUUGAGAUUAUUUUUCGAGAUUGGUUUAUUUUCGAUGUUAUACUAAUUUAUAGAAACAUUGAAAAUUUCGAUAGUGUACUAAACUGCUUCGGGCAACCCUAAUUCUAGUAGUUUGAUUUUGCACUAAAGCGUCGUCAAUUAUUUUUGACAAUGGACGAGAAACACUGAUUUUGGCAUACGAAUCUGCAUUCGAAGAACAGUGGAAUCACACAGAAGAAUAAUUAUUAAAAUGAAGAAAUGAGCCGAUCAGUCAGAUAUUACUGUGCGUCUUAAUUGUUUUCUGAACCACAUGAUCGGAAAAUCAAUUCGAGCAAUUUUCUAUGGCCACCAACCAUGUUUCGGGCAGUUUUCGGGAACUUUUCACGCUUGCCAACUUCUUAUAUCAAUGUUGGUAAGUGUGAGUAUGUGGCGAGAUCAAAUCAAAUGCCCAGCAACGAAGGAGUUUAAGAUUCUAGAAGCGUGACGACAGCGGCCUCUAUCAAUUCCGUGGCGCUGCAUUUUCCCGACCUGUUCUUAACAUUUUUACCAUGUUUAAUAAGGUUAUAAAUUUUAUUGUAAUAAUUAUAUUUUAGUAUUCUAUUGAAAACAAUAUGAAACUGGUUGAAAAACUCGUAAUUCAGAGGUUUAUUCCCCACACCAAUUUUACCACUCAAAUACUUACGUGAUGAACCCUGAACAUAGUUUCCAAACUUCUUACGCCACUAAAUGUAAAAUUCCCAUAAGACAUAAAGGAAUAGGUUCGUGAAUAGCUUGCUUUUUAACAUUCUAGCAGUUCAGAUCAUUCACCGUUCCCAUGCCUGUCAAUCCUGUUUCGGGUACUUAUGGGAACUUUCCUCGCUUUCCAACUUCUUAUGUUAGUAUUGACAGUUGCUGAGUGUAAAAAGGAGCCGAGAUCAAAUGCUAUUUCUCUUUUUAGCAUUCUUGCUGUUCAGAUCGUUCAAAUAUUAACAAGUUUUCUUACCGUGGUAUCACACAUAAGAAAAAUAUUAAUAUCUAAGCAAUCUAAACUGUGAGAAUUUCAAGAAAAGAUAUGAAAAGAUAGCAAGUAAUCUAAUGAACAAAAUUGAAAGCGUGGAAACUACUUGAAAACUGCCCGAAAUACAGUUGGCACGCAUAGUAAAUUGCUCCAAUUGAUUAUCAGACGAUUCAGAAAAUUCAGAAAACAAUUAAUACGAGCAAUAAUGUUUUACUGGUCGUAUUACUCCACUAGAUUGAUCCUUUUCCAAAACACGUAUUUUUUAUGCAAUCGGUGCAACAAUACAUAACCGAGACAUUAUCCAUGCUUGUCAAAUGUGUUUCGAGCAGUUUUCGAGUAAUUUCCAUGUCUGCCAAGUUUGUACGCUAGUGCGUGCAGUUGGAAAUUGUGAGUGGAAGGUAAGAUCGAAUACUUGCUACUUUUUUUGACAUUCUAGCAGUUCAGAAAGCAAUUAUAUUAAUAUGAAUCUUAUUAGUCCCGUUCAGUAAUAAGCUUUCAAAGAGACAAAUUCACUUCAAAGCCAAGCCAAACCUAUUCGAAAAUCUAUCGGAAGUCUAAAGUGAAGUGUGUAAACGUUUGUUGGAAAAAGUUGAUUUUUGUGUAGGUUUGCGGAAUUUAUGGAUGGAAGAUCGUUUGAAUAACAAUUUCAUUAAAAUAAAUGUCCUUUUCAUGAACUUGCUCACCUUUAUGUAAAUCAUCGUUUUAACUUUUCAACUUCCAACGGGUUUUAGUUAAGUGCUCUCUAAUAUACCUUUUGGGACAGAAAAAACCACAACCAGAGAGAGCUCGAAAUCGGAAAUGUUAUUAUAGAACGAGAGGAGUCUGUCAAUUGUCCUUAAAAUUAAUCGAAAUUCGAAAGCUUUUGAGAGCUUUAAAUCGAAGAGAAUUACAGCUUCGAUCAGCGAAGGAUCGAUAUAUUAUCGACCGAUAAUCGAUCGCUUUGUCGAAAUUAUUAAUUUACAUUACGUUUGCUUCUUGACCGUGGUGUCACAUAUAAAGAUUAAUAUUUAGAAAAGCCGCAGAGAGAGGUAUAUAGUAUUCAAAAAAAAAUUUUUUUUUUUUUGGAAAAACACGUGUGUAAGAAAGAGUGCACUCUAGUGCAGUAAUACGAUGAGUAAGAUAUUACUGUUCGUAUUAAUUGUUUUCUGAAUCGUAGUUAUAGCUUUCUGAAUCAUAGUACAGGCAAUUCGAGCAAUUUUCCAAGCGUGCCAACUGUGAUUCGGUCAGUUUUCGAGCGAAGCGCGAAAGAGAGGCAUGAUAAAACACUUUCUAUCUUUUUUGCCAUUCUCGCAGUUCAGAAAGUAUUAAUCUUAAUAUUAAUCUUAUAUGUGACAUGGUCACGAACCUCUUUUGAUUUUCACAAUUUUAUUCUUUUCGACGUUUCAAGUAUGGAUAUCCUCUUCAUCAAGUAUCGAAUAUGACAGGAAAAAUCACGUACUGGCGGAAACUGUUACACUGUACUUGGACUUGAAUCACCACUUCUGCCAUAAUGUUCACCAUUCGACUGAUUGACACAAGAAUCCAUUUCUGUGCUGAAGUUGUGAUCCAAGUCUAAGUGAAAUGUAAUAAUUCCCGCCUGUACGUGAUUUUACCUGUCAUAUUCAAUAUUUGAUGAAAAGGUUGUCCAUUUUUCGUCCAACUUGUUUUACAUUACAUCGGACCGAAAGUAUCCUGUAAGAAUUUAGUUAUAGCUAAUUUUCUCAACACGUUCAACAGUCAACGAAAGAAUAUCAAUUUUGAUUUGCUCUAAAUUUGUUUCUUGUCGAAAAGAAUACAACUGUCAAAACUGCUAGAAUUAGAAUUGCCAAGUAUAACUAAUUAGAAAUUUCUUGUUUCAUCUUUUAUGUUUAUCUAAUGAUGUUCAUCUAAUCAUGUUCUAAUCAUUUAUUCAAAAAAACACAAGAAAAAUCUUGUGUUUUUUUGUGAUUAUAUUAUUGAUGUGACAAUGCCACUGUUAGGAGAGAAAUAACAAGUUUAAUUCUUCUUCUUCUUCUAUUUGACGUUUAGGCUGUCGUAAUCGCUCGGGUCCAAUAGCCGAACAAGUUUACCCUGAAUUUAAAUAUCUGUCAAAACUGCUAGAAUUAGAGUUUCGCGAUACAACUAUCUUUUUAGUUUUGCUUACCUUUUUCAUUAUGUACUCUUAUAGUGUUCUACAUUUGAAUGUUACCAUAAAUUUCCUUGUCUUUAUUGUAUUAUUAUUUAUCAAUAAUUUUUUUUUUUGAAAAGACAAAGUGCUAAAUGUGCAAGAUAUUUUAGCAAAGAAAUUCUGCAACUCUUGCUCAAAAAUGUUUAGAAUAACGAAUCUUUCUAUUUACUUUCAUUAUCAAUUGGUAUUUUUAAAUUGCCUUUUGUUUUUUUUUUUUUAGUUUUCCCCCAAGUGAAAGAAAAAUGUAAACCUGAAAAUUGCGCGAUGUUGUAAAUUAAUAAAAAGAAAAUUAGUAAAAAAAAAUGGAAUCAGCUCAUUUACUGUGAAUCAAAUAUAAAUUGUAAUUUAAAGUUGAGAAAAACAAGAGUGACGUUAUUAGGACAAAACGUUUUAAAUGUAAAUUGACGAAAGUUUAAAUGAUUUAUUUUGGAAAUUCUAAAUUUCUCCAGGGAAGAAAUUAAAUUUCACGGUAGACCUUAAGUAUAAGAAGCAAAAAAGAGAUUGAGUAAGAAUUUUAAAAGUUCCCCACAUUGUUAAUCAAAUUUUUAAUAAGGAAGGAAACCAGUGAGGAACAAUGGGAAGAGAUAGACAAAUGAAAGAAUUACUUUUAUUUUCGAAAUAAUUGCAGAAAUGUCGAAGAAAAAGUAAUUAUAGGGAAUGUCAGACAUUUAAUGGACUAUUUAAAAAUGGAUUAUUCUUUAUAGAAUGUCCGACAAAAAAAAAAUCGAAAAAAAGAAAUAGAAGAAAAAAAGCAUGAAAUCUGAAAUUAACGAGAAUAUUUCUUGUCAUUCUCUAUUAGGUAGAUGAAAAAGAAAGUCUUAUUGAUUUAAAAUAGUCAUAAAAAUAAUGUAUAAUAUGCGAGUGAAGGUUAGAAAUAUUAAAAGAAAAAAAAAAUACUUUUCAACUUACCCGCCGGGUGUGUCUCAAACUUAUGACGAAACAACCAACUUUUGCUGUGUCUUUGCGAAAGAAUUAGAAGAAAAUUAUUAAAAAAAAAAACUCUUUCACUUCAAAUGAAAUGUGAAGAUUAUUCUUCUGCAUGAAAUACACGAAAUUCGAAAUUUUCAUGAGAAUUUUUUUUUCAUGAAAUUUAGAAAUGAAAUGAAAGGCAAAUUCGGAUAUAAAACCGAAAAAUUCUCAAGCAAUACUAUUUAGAGAAUUUAAGAGAAAAAAAUAACUAUAUUUUCGAAACUUGUAACUCUUGUAAAUUUAAAAACAUCCAUUGUUCGAUGGCUAUUAUGUUUUCCCGUUAAAUUCUGCUGAUUUCACUGACAUUUCGUUAAGUUUCCCUGUCACUGUCGGAUCAAACUGGACGAAGCGGGACAGAAGUGCUAGAAAAGUAAAUGGAGUAAAAAAUAAUAUCCAAAAUAACAAUAAAACAACUUUUCUUACCAUCGAGUCGUCUUCGUUAAGUUGUUUUUUCCGAAAGACUUAGUUUUUUUGACGAAGCGCCCCAGUCACAAUUUUGAACAAAAAAAUCUAGAAAAUGCCUAUAUAGAGUGAAACAAAUAAGGAAUGAAAUUGUUUUGAAAAAAAAAAUAUAAUAAAAGAAAAACAAGCAUAAUUAUGAAACUUGAC